AUGGAAGAUUUAAGGCAAUCAAUUCAGGCUAUUCUUCCAACACUUAUUCCGCCAACAUUAGAACAAGUUGUGGAUCACCUUGCCAAUAGCAUAGGUGUUGAAACAGUUGAUGACUUGAAAUAUGUACAACUAGAGGACCUUUCGAUGUUGAAGGCCAUUCAAGCCUGUAAACUCAUUGCCAGCUGGACACAAGGAUCUUCAAAGUCUCAAACAUCAAUAAAGUCAGAUAAUGUUUCAACAGCUAUGAUUACACAAACCACAAACAUUGAGUGUGCAUCAAGUUCAUUGCAUGAGUUGCAAGUCAAUGUGAAUGCAAUGUGGGCCAAUGAUUAUGAAUUUCCAUGGGCUAAAUUUUCAAAAAGAGAUUUGCUAACAUUUUUAGAGAAAGGCAUGAGGCCUAAUCCCCCGGCAAGAAGAGAAAUGGUGCGAAUAUUAGUUGAUGAAAUAUCAAAAGUCUGUAAAAAAAAAGGUAAGAAGGCAUUGACAACCAUUGCCCAUAAAAUUGUGAAACAAUAUCCAAAAUCUUUCCAAGAUGAAAUAAAUGGAACAAUAGUAGGAACAGGUUUUGACUCACUAUUAAAGCAGCUGCAGCUUAGGUUUGAUAAUGUCAACAGAAAGAGUAAUGGUCAAUCAAUGAAAAGAAAAAAGGAUGAUGUCAUGGCUGAUGAUGAGGAUCUAUCUGCAGCUAAAACUUCCCAAAAGGAUGCCAAGCAUGAUAAACAUGGUUGCAUUAAUUAUAUGCCUAUAGAUUAUCCUGAUGGAGAAACAAAGGUAUCACAACGAAACAAAAAAACUAUACUGAAGCAAAAACAUUUAUUUGGAGUCAGUGAUGAAGUUGGUGAGUUAAUGCAAACUACCUACUUCACUCAGAGGAUUGAUAUUAUAGAGAAAAAUUUAUCGAUUUCCAAAUUACAAGUUGAAUGGCCCUACCUGUUUGAACGACAUGGCAUGUUUGUACAUUUUAAGGAAUUAACUGGCAUAGACAUCCAGGAAAAGCUAAAUAAUGUUUAUGAAACUCAAGGGAAAAAAAAUCUUCAAUGGAUGAAAGAACAGCAAAACAAGCACAUGAAAAUAAUAGUGAAUGAACUUCUCGAAGCCAAAUCCACAAUGGGUAAUAAUAGUCCUGAAGUGGCUGCAAUGAUUUGUGCUGUUUUGUCACACCUGAAUGAAAAAGAGGCAUCCCUGUAUCGUUUGGUAGAGGUAUGUGGUUGA